AUGUCUCAGUCUGCCUGGUCCCCCUCAUCGUGGCGCGAAAAGCCCAUUGCGCAGGACGUCGUCUACGAGGACAAGGACGAGCUCAACCGCGUACUCGGCAGGCUCCGCAAGCUGCCCCCUCUCGUCUCUGCCAAAGAGAUUGACGCGCUCAAGGAGCAGCUCGCCGACGUCGCGACGGGCAAGGCCUUCCUCCUCCAGGGCGGCGACUGUGCCGAGCUCUUUGACGACUGCUCGACCCAGCCCAUUGAGCACAAGCUUUCUCUUGUCCUUCUCAUGUCCCUCAUCAUCCUGCACGGCUCGCGUCUUCCCGUCGUGCGCAUCAUGCGUAUCGCCGGCCAGUACGCCAAGCCCCGUUCCAAGCCUACGGAGAUUGUCGACGUCGAGGAGACGGAGGUCGUCGAUGGCGAGGCGCUCACCCGCGUGGUGAAGAAGGAGGUGCUCUCGUUCCGCGGCGACAAUGUCAACGGCUACGAAGUGGCCGACCGUCGUCCAGACCCGGAACGCUUGCUCGGCGCCUACUUUCACUCGACCGCGACCUUGAACUACAUCCGUACGCUCCUGGCCUCGGGGUUCGCCAACUUGCACAAGCCCCUUGACUGGUCGUUCUCGCACGUGCGCUCGCCCGAGCUCCAGGCGGCGUUCAGCGCCGUCAUCGAGAGCCUCCAGGACAGCCUCGACUUUAUGAAGGUGUCCACUGGCGGUGACGGCGGGCGCGAGCGUGGCGGUACCGAGACGGUCAACAUUUUCACCUCCCACGAGGCCCUGCUUCUCGAGUACGAAGAGGCCUUUACGCGCGCCUCGACCGCGCACGCCACCUUCUCCGCCCCGUCAACGCGCCCCGGCACCCCGUCGCAGUCCCGCUCGGCGUCGCGUACCCGUGCCGGCGUCGAGUCGCAGGCCCAGGCCCCGGCGCAGCCGAACCAGAGCCAGGUCCUCGCCGCGCCCAAGUACUACAACCUGUCGUCGCACUUUAUCUGGAUCGGAGACAGGACGAGGCAGAUUGACGGCGCGCACAUCGAGUACUUCCGCGGCAUCGCCAACCCCAUCGGUAUCAAGGUCGGUCCUACCAUGGCUCCUGAGGAGCUCGUCCGCGUUCUUGACAUCAUCAACCCGGACCGCGUCGCGGGCAAGGUCACGGUCAUCGGCCGCUACGGCGCCGACAAGGUGGACCAGUACCUCCCUGCGCACAUUGACGCCGUCAAGCAGACCGACCACGUCGUCGUCUGGCAGUGUGACGCCAUGCACGGCAACACCAAGACGUCGCAAAACGACCCGACGCUCAAGACGCGCCACUUUUCGGACGUGAUCCACGAAAUCUCGCGCUCGCUCGAGAUCCACCGCACCAAGGGCACGAUCCUCGGCGGCGUGCACCUCGAGCUCACGGGCGAGGUCAACGACGAGGGAUACUCGGUCACAGAGUGUAUUGGCGGCUCGAUGGAGCUCGAGGACAAGGACCUGAGCCUCAACUACCGCACGCACUGCGACCCGCGCCUCAACUACGAGCAGUCGCUUGUGGGAUUGUAUGCUGACAGCAAACCUCUUUCUCCAGACGUCGCGUUCCUCAUUGCGGACAAUCUCAAGGCGAAGAGGAGGGGCGAGGUGCCCAGGAACCUCUUUGCGAGGAGUAAGUAG